CAGGAGCUGCUCGCUCGCAGCUAGAGACGCUGCUUUUUUUUUUUUUUUUUUUUUUUUUUCCGGGUUCAGAGCCGUUCCGGAUGCUUUAGGCUGCCGGAUGUCUGGUCUCCGGAUAACUGAGGCGUUUCUGUACAUGGAUUAUCUGUGUUUUAGAGCACUGUGCUGCAAGGGACCCCCACCUGCGCGCCCAGAGUAUGACCUGGUUUGCAUAGGCCUCACGGGUUCUGGCAAGACCAGUCUGCUGUCGAAGCUCUGCAGCGAAAGCGCCGAGAGUGUUGUGUCCACGACAGGUUUUAGCAUAAAAGCAGUGCCAUUCCAGAAUGCCAUCUUGAAUGUAAAAGAACUUGGAGGGGCUGAUAAUAUCCGGAAAUACUGGAGCCGCUACUACCAAGGAUCUCAAGGGGUAAUAUUCGUAUUAGAUAGUGCCUCUUCAGAGGAUGACUUAGAAACUGCCAGAAAUGAACUGCACUCAGCUCUGCAGCACCCACAGUUAUGCACUUUACCAUUUUUAAUAUUGGCCAAUCAUCAAGACAAGCCAGCAGCUCGCUCAAUACAAGAGAUCAAAAAAUAUUUUGAACUUGAACCGCUUGCUCGUGGGAAACGCUGGAUUCUGCAGCCUUGCUCGCUGGAUGACGUGGAGGCACUGAAAGACAGCUUCUCUCAGUUGAUAAAUUUGUUAGAAGACAAAGACCAUGAGGCUCUACGAAUGUGAAGCCCAGCAAAGAAAACAGGUCCCCCGGAGGCCUGGAACCUAUCACGUUAGCUUCUCAUUUGAAUUUUAUUUUGGUAUCAAGACUAUAACGGCUUCUGUCUCUGUGUUUCUCUGGUUGUUUCAGACUUUCAUCUCUCUUUUCAAGUGAAUACUCUGUACGUCAGGUGAAUCGUCCUCAUCAGCAUUAAUGUCAAGUACACACUACUGAGAGAGAAUUUAUUCUCUGUUUACCACUAAUUAUCUUUGCCGCAUGUCUCAUCCUUCUGUUCUAAGCAUCUCUUCUAUCCUCUGUGCUAAAAUGAAUGGAAUCAUGGUUCGCAGCAAUCAGACCCCUGUAAGAGACUCCACAACUCUCACUUUCCCAGGGAAGGGAGUGGAGUCUUGUGUGACUGACUGGGGCUCCAUGUAAUAUGCAUAUCGUUUUUAAGCUCUCUUAAAGUUUUUAUUUUAUUUUAUCGUAUUUUGGUUUUUAGGGUUUUGUUUUGUUUUUUUAUAUUGAUGUUAGGGACUAUGAGAGAAAACUGAGCACCAAAAACUUCUGUUAAUCAUCACAAAGGAAUAUCUGCCAUAGCAAAAUUAGCUUUGAAGAACAUAAAGGACAAGGUGUUUCCUUAAUUACGUCUGGAGUCUCACUCCUCUCUCUUAACAGAAAAGACAUGCUUUUACUUUUGGAGAGGAAUGAGACGAAAUUUAGGCACAAUGCAUUUGAUAAGUCCUGAAGUAUUUUUUUACUGCAUAAAUUCAAGCCUCAACAUGAUAUAAGUAUCUUUUUCUAAAAAUCAGUGUUUGAUCAAAAUAGAGAAAAGAAUUUUUAAAGUAAUACAGUUUUUAAAAUGGGCAAACCAAGUAUGGCUUAUACUGGUGAAGGUUUUAGGCCGGCGUGGAUUUGAUGAAGGGCCCAGAAGAAUCAUGUGUAUUCUCAUUCGGUAAGUGUUAAUGUAGCUGAAUGGAGUCUGUUGCCUCCGUCUAGUCAGUAAGGGUCUAUCAGUAUUUCUAUUAUUAACCUCUAUUCUCAGGGGUUCAAUGUGCCCUUAAAAAUGUGCUGGGACUUCAGCAAAUAAGUCUUUUUCAGUCUCAGAUACAAUAUUUGGAACUAAUUUUUUGCCAAUUAAUUUAAAUGAUAAAAUGACCUAGAGAUAAAUGUACAGUUUUACUAAAAUUUAGAGCCUUUGACCUUUUCUAGAUCAGGAGUCAUCUGUGGAUCCUGAGAUUCGUAGAUGAAAUAUUUUUGGGCACAUUUUGUAGAGUUGUGGCCACAAACAAUACCAAGUGGCCAAACCAGAGACAACUGCUCCCACACCUGAGCAAUAAAACAUGUUUGUAAUUCCUCAGUUGCAUCGACUGAUACCCACGUACCACAGACUCAGGCCGCAUUACAAGCUGAUGUCAUACCUUUAAUCCUUCAGAAGAUACACUUGACAUCAUUGAAAUACAGUUUUUGUGGUUUCAUCUUGUAAGUGGAUUUUAAUGAAAUCAUUGCCUUUAAAACAUCUAACACUUCUUUAAGCCUUUUUUUUUAAUAGUGUGGAUCAAAAAGCAGAUCCACAGUGAUUCACACAUAAUUUCAUCUUGAGCAUCCUUGAGUAUUUUUUAGCACUGCAUAAUCUGUGAGCAGAACAAAACUUCUAUUCCAAUGACGAGUGACACAAUUUCUGAUUUUGUUUUGUCCCGUUGUGCUCAUCUUCCAUGCAGAAUCAGUGACGAUUAGGUCUGGCUUCCUCUGCAAGUUCAUUAAAUGUAGGAUGUUGUCUUUUUAAGAGACUGUGGCUAAGUGCUCCUAAGCCAUCUGUUAAAGGACUUCCCGUUGUGUGUGUGUGUGUGCUCAUGUGUGCGCCAGGGAUGGGCUUCCCCUCAGACCCAGGAUUGUCUGCAGCCGUCAGAAUGAAAACAUUAUCAAUCAGUACCCAACAACAGCUGUUUUUGACAAGUUUCUGUCUGACGCCUAAUGCUUUACAACUGUCAAUAAGACUCCUUCUUUGUCUAGCAGGUCGGAGCUCGCCUGCUUGCUGCUUCCGUGUGGCAUCCUGUCCUUGUAACCCUAGAAUUUGUCAUGUUUUGGAAAUCCACGGA